AGAACCUAAUUUAUAUACUUAAACAAAGCCUACUGGUUAGCGCGAUGUUUAAUCAUUGUUAUAAUGUGAUAUUUAAUUUUAUGUAUUGUACAUGAUAAUAUGGUAUGUGAAAUAUGGAAGUACACGAUAACUCAAUUAUUCUUCAAAGUUGCAGCAACGUGACUGUAGCAGACUCGGUAUGGAAAUUUAUCAACAAUCCUGUAAUUGCAAUAUUCUCCGAUUUAAAAAAUGCGACUGCCAAACAAAUGCUUUGCUCUUUGCUGGAAUCAAUAAUUAAAGGUUCAGCUACUUUGACAACAGUUUUAAUCCCACCUUUCAGCAAUGGAAUGCAAAAUGAAACGUUAAAAUGUCAAUAUACUGCAUUUACCACAUGGUUGUUUGGUAUUAUGUUUUACCUGAUUGGAAAUCCCUUAAGCAACGAAGUUUUAGACAACAGUGUAGAAAUACAAGCUUGUAUGCUUAGAAUAUUAUCCAGACAUCACGUCACAAUGUUUGAAACAAUUAGUAACGAAUAUAUGAACAUUCUUCAAGAAAUAUCGGAAUUUUACAAGGUCCAUGGAGAGGAAGAUGAAAUUAUAUUGGAUAAAUUUCAUACAGAGAAAGAUGUUAUAGAAAAUUUGGAUCUCCAAGCAUUUCCUGUUGCAAUAAAAUAUUGUGAUAUACCAUUAGUACAAACAUCUAUAAUUAAAAUUAUAAAAAAGACAGGAGUUUCUGUCUGGAAUCCUAAAAUACUUUCUGAGAAAGUAUUGAAAGUAGUUAUCAUAUCUGCUCCAAAUGUAAAAUUUAUAGGAUUAGACCUUUCUCUAAGAUUAAUGGAAUUUUCAUUAUUUAGCAAACAAGAACAUGAAAAUUUAGUACUUUGUAUCAUUGAAAUUAUUAAAACACUUCCUCUUUGGAUAAACUUCAGAGAAAUAUCAGAGGAACAGUUAAACCAAUUUCUACAGAUAUGUAUUGAACUUAUUCAAUUUUUAUCAAUAUCUUCAAACAGCAUUGAACUGUGCUUUCAAAUCAUUGAAUUUACAAUUAAUGAAAUAAAAUAUCAUGAUGCUAUCUUUAAUACUAUAAAAGAAAUAAAAAGAAUAGCAUGUAACAAGAUUCUACAAUAUUUUAUCAUGGAACCAAAGAUUUAUAUUCUUUCUGAAACAAAAAGAUUUAUUUCAUAUUUUGAAAAUUGUCCGGACUUCAUUAUGAUUUUUGUGCACUAUAUUUUUAUUGAUAUUAGACAUACAAGUAGUGCAAAUACUUCAGUGAGUAAUACGUGUGAAUUAUGGAAUUUAUUAAAAAAAGAGUUAAUAACUGCAACAGAAAAAGGGAAAUUUGAAACAAUUGUGCAUAUUUUAAAAGCUUCAAAUAUUUUACAAUCAUGGUUAAAAGAGCUGCAGUUAACAACAAAUUUGUAUACACAUGAGUUAGAUUAUGUUUUGAAAGUACUAUUACAGAAUCUAAAUUCUGGGCUAUGUCAACAAAAAGAUAUUAUUUUUGAAUGUUUAAUGCAUAUAAUAGCACAUGAUGAAUCAAAUAAAAAUUUAAUUCAGAAAAUAUUGAUAUUACCAUUUAUGCAUAUUGAAAUUCCUGUGGAUAUAGUAAAUAAUCAUGUAAAAGAAAUUGCUAAAUCACUUAAUACUGCUACAAUGUUAAAAUGUCUUGAAGUUUUAUGUGAACAUGGUAAUGGAAUUGAACGAUUAAAGGUAUUAAAUACAUGUAUAAUAGGCCAUCAAUCUGAAAUAGCAGCAGGAGCAGUAUUGAAUAGUGUACUACUUUUAAGGAAUGAAGAAAUACAAUUGAAAAGUAUUUCGAACUAUAUUCUUCAACCUGCAUUACAUUCAAAAGAACAAAAAGUUCAUGAAAUGCUUGUAAUUGCAUUGAGUAAAAUAAGCUGUUAUUUGUCAAAAUGCGGAAAUUUCAGAAGAAAAUCUGAUAAUACGUGGAUAUUAAAAUGCAAAUAUUGCAAUGAUAUAUCUGAAAGCAAUGUAAAUUCUAAUGCUUAUGUCUCAGAAGAACACGAUAUUCUUCUUCGUCCAUAUUUUAGUUUAUUAUCUUCAAAUUUUGUUUCAGUACGUUUGAACUUCUCUGAAAAUAUACUUUCUUUUUCAAAUCACAUUAUGUCUUUUAAUAGUAACGAAGUAGCAAAACUAUGGUUUUUAUAUAUAGAAGAUGAAAAUCCUGUAAUUCGUUCCAAUAUUGCUGCAGCAAUAAAAAGAUUAUUGCUAAAUAAAAUAAGCAUUGUAUCAAAAUUUACCUUGAUUAUUGAAGAUGAUGUACCUGUUUGUUUAAACGAAUUUGUCGAAGCACUUAUAAAUACUAUAGCACAAACGCUUAUAAAAGUUUUAACAAAUACAGACCAUGCUUUACACGACACUUUACUUAUUACUGCAAAAAAUUGUGGAUGUGUUCCGUUGUACAUAAUGGAAAGGCAAAUUUUGAAUAUAUUUUUAAUUACUAUAAUGCAUUCAAUGUCAUCUUCAACAGCAGUAGCGUUUGCAACUACUGCAUAUCAUGAUAUUGCUAAAAUCUUAAAUAUUUCUCCAAAGAUUUUAUAUGUUCGAUAUAAAAAAGAUUUUCUCAAGCUUAUAAUACAAUAUGCAGUUCAUAACUUUAUACAUUAUUCUUACAAUAUGGCUACAUCUAUACACCGUGUUGCAAAAUGUAUUGGAUAUGAAGGAUCACGUCAAUUAUUACGCAAAGAUGGACAUUAUGCAGUUUGUUUCUUGCUUUCUUUUAUCAUUGAUAUGCCAAAUACAAGAACUCUCUUACAUGAUAUAGCAGAAUUAAUUAGUAUGAAUGAGAAACAAAUGUUAAAAGAAUAUUUUCCUUAUAUUUGCAGUUAUGCGCUUCUGAACAUGCCACUUGCUACUGGUACGGAAUGUUUAAGAUUAGUCUCGAAAAUUACGCAAACAAAUUUGUCACUUUUAACAAGACAAUCAUUUAUGGGGAUAUUUGAAGAAUUAAUAUUAAACUUUCACGAAUCUCCUGAGAAGAUAGUUGGAUUAUUAAAAAUCAUAUCUGAUUAUGAUAGUAAUGCAGACAAAAAUUACGUUACAAAAAAAGGGAUUGAAUCUUACUUAAAUUUACGUUUACAUGGCAUAUUAGUUAACUUUGACAUAAAACUUGGAUCAAAGUCAGAUGAACAUACACAGCAAUCAGCACUUGCUUCAUUAGCUGCACUAAUGCAAUUUAUGGGUGCACAAUAUUUGACACCGCUCAGGUAUAAAAUUUUAGCGACACUACGAACUUCACUAGGAUUUAAAAGACCAGGAUUUGGACCUCUUGUUUGUGAUGCAUGGAAUGCAUUUAUUCAUAACAUAGCUAUGAAAGAACUUGGUCCAUUGUUGCCGACAAUAUAUGUUUCAUUAAUAUCACUCUUCAAUAUGUAUCAAGAAAAAAUAAUCGCAAUGCUGAAAUUUCUCGUUAUUAAAUGUAACGAAAAUUGCCCAGAUCACAUUGCAGAAUUGUUUUUUAUAGAUGAUAUUGAAGUUCCUAUUGAAAUUUCAAGCAUAAUUAAAGCACACAUUUUACAAACUAAACCUGCAGGAUUUGAAGCAAAUUUAAAAUUAUGGCUUAAACGAAUUACCCAUGAAACGGACGAGGUAGUAAGCAAAGCUUUAAAGUAUUUACAAAAAUUUUUAGCUGAAAAUCGUAUUCAAUUGAACGAAAUGAUUUUAAGUGAAACAAAUAUUCAUCCAUUAAUUGUUGAGCUAUUACAUACGUUAUUAAUUGGAUGUCAACAUAAAGAUGAGUCUGUCCGUUUAUUAUAUGGCGAAUGUCUAGGAGAAUUAGGUGCUAUUGAACCAAGUCUUCUCCCUCGUAGGAUUAUUUCUAGAGUUGACAGUAAAUUUAUUCCUGAUAUGAAUGAAGAAUUUGUUUGUGCUAUGCUUUUCGAGCAUGCUCGAGCAUUUCAAAUGCAGAAAAGCAGUCAAAGUAUGGAUUGUUUCUCACUUGCUAUUCAGGAAAUUUUAAAAACAUAUGAAAUUUCACCUCAAGGCAAAAACAGCGAACUAUGGAAUAGUUUACCAGUAACUAUGAAACAGAUUAUUACCCCUUUUUUAACUUCGCAUUAUAAAAUUGCAACUAUUAGCGAUGACAAAACUUUUUCCCAUCCUAUUUAUGGCUCUGAAGCUGGUUCUUCUGUAGAAAAUUGGGCUUAUAAUUGGCUUUGCAAUAUGUUUAGUAAUAUUCGCGAUGAAACUCUUAAUAAUGUAUUACGUGCAUGUAAAUUAGCACUUAAGCGUGAUAUAAAAAUAUUAACAUUUUGUUUACCCCAUGUUGUUGCGUAUAUAAUAACAAAUAGCUCUGAACAAGAGCAUGCAAAAAUACAAGAAGAAAUAUUAACAAUUAUCGAUGUCAGAAAAAAUCCCACACUUGAUCAUGAGUUAUCACGACAUAGACCUCUUAGACACGGGGAUAGUAUAAAAGCAGAUGAUACUAGAAUUUCUGAAGAAACUAGACGUACACGUUGUGCACAGAUCGUAUUUUCAAUAUUAGAUCAUUUACAAACGUGGCUUUGGGAACAACGAUUGACACGUAAUCAUAAGUAUGAAGCUUUAAAGAAUUUUUGUGAAUCAUUGAAUGCAUUAGUAAUAGCCGAAGGAUGUUAUCAAUUUCGAGAAUAUCAUAGAGCAUUAAUGUAUCUAGAACAACACAUGGCUUCUUCUAAUAAAGGAUUAUCAGAAGCAUUGGAGGGUGAAUUACUUGCUAAAAUAUAUGCGCAAUUAGAUGAACCAGAUGGUAUAUCUGGUAUAUUAGCUACUCAAGAUCAUACUCCUACAGUUCAACAAUUAGUUUUAGCUCAUGAAGUCAAUGGGCAGCUUCAGGAUGCUGCUACUUGUUAUGAGAGAUUGGCACAAAAGAAGACUUUAAAGCACACGUAUUUGCAAGGAAUGAUUCAGUGUUAUCUCGGUCUUGAUCAACCUUUUACAGCAAAACAUAUCACUGAAGGGGUUUUAAAUAACAGACCAGAGUUAGAACCAUUAAUGAUUGAACAUGAACCAUUUUGGAGAUUGGCUCAUUUCAUUAGAUUUGAUGAUACUUCUCAAAAAAAUAUAAAACAUAUACUACUUGAAGAUCUUAAGAAGGGUAUCAAACCAGAUUUAUCAUCUUUGAAAAAAAAUUUAGUAUUACUAUUAGAAGAUGCUUCGCGUCCAGGAGCUUAUCAACAGAGCUAUUCUUACAUUAUGAAGCUACAUAUAUUAAAUGAAUUUGAUAAAGCAGUUAGUACUAUGCUAACUGAUAUAGAAAAGUUACCGAUGAUAUUUGAAGAAUGGGAAAAACGUUGUCAACUUGUUCGCGCUUCACGAGGAGUAGAAUUUGUAUUAAGUAUGCGUAGAGCUACAUUAGAUUUAGCACUUCAAUUACAGAGAGAAAUUGAAAAUAAAGAAAAUUCUGUAUUAAAACAAGAAAUUGGUAAGAUUUGGCUUAAAAGUGCGAAGAUUGCGAGAAAGAGUAGAUUACAUCAACAAGCAUACAUGUAUAUUUUGUCUGCUAGUGAUUCUUGUCCUCUACAACAACUUUAUAUAGAACAAGCUCAAUUAUAUUGGCAAAAAGGCUGCCAAGAAGAUGCUUUUAUAACUUUAAAACGUUGUUUUUCUAGUUGUUUUCAGCCAGCUAUGUACUACAAGACUUUGCCAGUAGAAGAAUGUUUAGAAGAAAGGAAACAAUGUGCAAAGGCAAAACUUCUAUAUGCAAAAUAUAAUGAUGAAACAGUUAAUGUGGAUACUGAUGCUAACAUUAUAAAUUACAAAGAAGCUAUUGAAGUUUGGAGAGAAUGGGAAAAAAGUUUAUUGUUUUGUGCACAAUACUACGAAUCUGUCAUAGAUAGAAUGACGGAUGAAGAGAAAGAUUCAAGAGGACGGGACUUACAAGUGCAUACCAUGAAUUAUUAUGGAAAAUCACUUCAAUAUGGUUGUAAAUACAUUCAUCAAUCCAUGCCAAGAAUGUUAACUAUUUGGUUGGAUUUUGCUUCGCGCACAAUAUCACGAUCCACUAAUCGUAAUGAUCGGGAACAAGACAAAUUUCGACGGGACGCAUUAUUAAAAAUGUCGAAAAUUAUGGAAGUGUAUCAGGAAAGACUACCAAUAUUCAUGUGGCUAACUGCAUUUAGCCAACUUGUGUCGAGAAUAUGUCAUCCUUCUAUCGAGGUACAAAAGACUAUCCGCACUAUAUUAGUAAAACUAAUUCAUGCGUAUCCUCAACAUAGUUUAUGGAUGAUGGCAUCAGUUAUUAAUUCUUCAUAUCCUGCACGUCAGAAACGUUGCCAAGAAAUACUCAAUCACAGCAAACUUAAAACACCAGAAAUGAUUAAACUUAUUACAGAUUUUCAUAAAUUAUGGGAGCGAUUGAUUGAAUUAUCAAACAAAGCAAUACCAGAAGGCAUUAUGAAUACUACUGUAACUCUCUUGUCACGAAAUCUUCCCCGUUUACUUUCAAGUAAGGAAUUUAGUACAAUAAUGAUACCAACAACCAAAUUUAGACAACUGCAUCUGCCGUCGAAGGGCAUGCCGCUAGAAAAUUAUAAUGCAUUUUCUACUAAUUGGAUUCAUAUAUCCGGAAUAGAAGAUAAUGUAGCUGUUAUGCCAUCUCUUCAAAGACCACGGCGUAUUACGUUAAGAGGAUCGGAUGGUAAAGAAUAUUUAUUUAUGUGUAAGCCAAAAGAUGACUUACGAAGAGACUUUAGGUUAAUGGAAUUUAACGAUAUUGUAAAUAAAUAUCUUCAGAAUGAUCCAGAAUCUCGACAAAGAAGAUUGUAUAUUCGAACAUACAGUGUUGUACCCCUUAAUGAAGAAUGCGGUUUAGUAGAAUGGGUACCGAAUUUAGUUGGGUUUAGACCAAUUAUAAUAAGCUUAUAUAAAGAGAGAGGUAUUGCAAUUUCAAAUAGAGAGCUUAGAAGUUUAUUAUGCUCAUUAAAAGAUCCAUUAGAGAAGAAGAAGAAAGUAUUUCUAGAACUACUUCUUCCACGUCAUCCGCCAGUACUCGGAGAUUGGUUUCGUCUUACAUUCCCUGAUCCAUAUGGAUGGUAUGAAGCACGUACUGCCUAUAUUAGAACUACAGCAGUAAUGUCUAUGGUAGGAUACAUUCUUGGUCUUGGAGAUCGUCAUGGAGAAAAUAUAUUAUUUGAUUCUAAAUGUGGAGAUUGUGUACAUGUAGAUUUUAAUUGUUUAUUUAAUAGGGGAGAAUUGUUAGAGUGGCCAGAACGUGUGCCAUUUCGUUUAACGCAUAAUAUGAUAGAUGCUAUGGGACCAUUAAAAAUUGAGGGACCGUUUAGGCGUGCUUGUGAAAUAACUAUGAGGGUUCUUCGACAACAAAGUAGCACGUUAUUAAGUGUAUUAACACCAUUCGUAUAUGAUCCACUUGUAAGCUGGAAUAAAAAUCACAUUAGUGAAGGUGGUGAGAAAACAAAUGAAAAAGCUGUGGAGCAUAUAAAAAAUAUAGAACAGCGACUCAAAGGUUUAAUUCGAUAUCAUGGAAAGAAAUUAGAAAAUAUUGCUUUAAAUCUUAGUGUUGAAGGACAAACUAAUCAAUUAAUUCUGGAAGCAACAAAUGUAGAUAAUCUUUGUCAAAUGUAUUUUGGAUGGGGCGCAUAUAUGUAAAGAAUGUUACAAUUUAUUAAGUAUUUAAUAAUUUAAUAUUUAUAUAUUUGUAAAUUAAAACUAUACAAACCGAUUCGUAGGCUCUAAGAUUCUGAAUUGAAACUCUGAAGCAUCAUGAAAUAUGAGAAUGCAGUACUGAGAAUCUAUAAAUAUCAAAUAAUUAUUAUUAGUUACAGUAAUAUUAUGCUAACAAAAAUUUUUUAGACAAAUAUAUGAUAAAAUUUUCACCGUUGUAAAAUUUUCCAAAUGCAUUAUGUAUAAUUUUCCUGCUGUAAUAUAACUAGGUCUUUGAGAACGUAAAAUAAUCAUACAUAUUUCAUCUUUAACAAAACUUGGUAAUUGAAACCACUGUAUAGCAUAUGCAGCUGUGCUUAUACUGAGACUCUUUUUUUGCAAUAAGAAUUAAUUUAAAAUUAGUACAUCUUUUUUUAUAAAUAUAUAAUUAUAUAAUAUCAUUUACCUGUUGCAUUAACAUGUCUCCAGGAAAACAAAAAAGUAAUAAUUGAAAAAGUGCCACGAUUAAGUGAGAAGCAAAUUUAAUCAUUUUCGAUUGUUCCAUUAAUGUCUGUAAUGCAAAAAUACGUAUUAAACAAUUUUUCAUACUUAUAGUUUUUUUUAUAAAUUCAAUAUGCGUACAGCAGAAACCUGGAAUCCAACGAAACAAAUUAGAAGACUACUGGUCAUUGCUUGCAAAAAGAGCAUUAGAUGGAAAUUUUUUUCCAUAUUGUCGCAAAACCUGAAUUAUAUUAAAGAAAAUAAGAAAUAAUAAUAUUUCUUGAAAUACAUUAAAUUUAUUUACCAAAGAACUACUUGAUGAUGUUUAAUUAUAUGUAUCAUUUGACUUUUUAUUUCAUAUAAAUUUGCACUUAUAUGUUUUGAAUUAGGUUUCAGGUCAAUUAUCUGAAACAAUAAAAUUAUCUUAAAAUGAAUUAUAUACAUAAAAUACAAUUAUUAUAUAAAAUACAAUACAGAUGCGAUCAAUGUAUGAGAAUCAAGUUACUUUAAAUUUAUACAUAUAGAAUACAAUACAUACACGAUCAAUGUAUGAAUCAAGUUGUUUUAAAUUUUUUCUAAGUACCGCAAAAUGCCCGCAUGUAUGAAGUAGUGCAGUUGCAAUUAAACCAUCAGUUGCAAGAAUAACCAAACAACAAAUACUUGUUGCCAAUAUUUGAGAUACAUAUACGAUCUAUAUAUGUAUAUAUUUAUGUUUAUAAAUUAAUUACAAUUAAAUCAUAUUUGUA